UAAGAAGAACAAGUGUAGUGAGUAACAUGGGUAGAAAGGCAUAAAGCAACGCUCCUGGGGAAAGUGGGCUGCAGAGAUUAGAGACCCCACUAAGGGAAUGAGGAUCUGGCUCGGUACUUUUAGCACUUCGGAGGAUGCAGCCAGAGCUUAUGAUCGAGAAGCUUUUAAGAUCAAAGGAACCCAAGCCAAGCUCAAUUUCCCCACAACACAGCCAACAUCAAAUUUGUAUAACAGCCUAAAUUCAAUGCAGAUUCUGGUGGAGGUUGAAGCAAGGUUGCAACCAACAAAUAUAGAAAGUGGUCUGAAAACAAAGGAAACUCUAGAGGACAUUGAAGGCACCCCAAGUUUUUUGGAGGCAUCGAUGGAGGAUUAUCUUGAAUAUUUGGAGGCAGUGCUGGAGCUGAAGCCUGAGAUCCCAUCUACAACAGCUUCUACUUCAGACCUAAAUUUCUUCGAUUGGGUUGGAGAUGAGCACAAAAGCUCUGGUUUACUCUGGGAAGGUGCAGCCCAUGCAGUGGACUCUGGUUUACUCUGGGAAGCAGCCCAUGUAGUGGAUUAUAGGGAGUUUCAAGAGGAAGACAAAAAGUGUUUGGCGUAGAGGACGAUGAGUGUUGCCUUUUAUGGUGCACAACAUUAAACAAUGCACAACCCAUCACUACUAACAGGCUUCAUCCUGAAAACAUCAUACAUUUUCCACUUGUACUUAUGACUCUGAUUUUCUCAUGCCUCUAAAGGGGUUCAAUUGAGAGAAUUUAGACAUUUGUGUGAAGAGAAUGUUAAGAGGACGUGGAGGUAUGUUUAGUCAUCAUGUUCAAUACCCUCAUUCAUUUGGCUUGGAAUGGAAGGUGAGGCCUUCAUAAUUCACUAAGGCAAUUAUCCAACCAUUUUUUUUAAUUUCUUUAUUUCACUCCUUCAUCUAGGUAUAAAUGGAGUGUGAGAUCAUCAUAUGAAAAAGGCAAUUAUCCACCAAUGAAUUUUAGUUUCUUAGUGUUUGAGAAGGCAUUUCUUCAUUUCACUCCUCUAUUUGAUUGUAAAUGGAAGGUGAGGUCAUCAUUCCUCACUAAGGUCAUGACCCACCUAGUGUGGUUUGUUUGUUUUUUACAUUAUUGUGUAUUGUUUAGGUCAUUAUUUAUUUGUUCUUCUUUUUUAGAAGAUAUUUCUUCAUUUCACUCAUUUGUUUCGCUAUAAAUGGAAGGUGAGAUCAUCAUACCUCACUAAGACAAUGACCCACCUAAUUUUCUGUUUAAUUUCUUGUUUCUUCUGUUCUAUAUUAUUUUUUUCAUUAUUUAUUUUUUAUUUAAUUUGAGAAUGCA